CUCCAUCCCCUGGGGCUCACUGCGGGCGCUGCGCAGUGACGUCACGCUGUAAUGGCGGCGCCCACGGUGUGCACACGCGGCGUGGAGCGACGUUAACGGCAACCGAGAGCGAGCUUUGGUCGUGCCCUGACCCCGUGAUUGUGUGUUUUCGUAGGUAAAAAUGAAGUUCAGAAAACGAAGAUUUACAUCUUCUGCUAAACUGAGGCAAAAGGGUAUCGAAGUAGUGGGAAAAUGGAAAGCUGUGGAAAUUGACCCCAAUCUACUUGCUGAUGAGCAGUUUAAAGAUGUCGUGUGCCUGGAGGAGCUUACGGAGUACAAGCUUGUAAGUUCAGACAAAGUGGGGAAAGGAAACAAGCAGAAGAGAAAGUCUGAGGAUCUUUCAGAAGAAGAAAGCGAGGAGGAAGAAGAAGCUGUCACCCCUCCCAAAAAGAAAAAGAAGUGCAAAGAUUUAAGAACCAGAGCAGAUAAAAGCGAUGAUACCAAUGCAACAGAAGUUGACGUGCAAGUUGGUGAGGAAAAAAGAUGCAAAGAAAUAGUCAAAGGGGCAAAUCAUAAGGUCAGUGCACAUAUAAUUGAGAGCACGUCAAGCACAAAAAAUGCUGCAAAGAAAAAAAAGAAGAAAGAGAAGGCAGUUAAAAAUAAGACUUCUCAAGUUCAGGAUGCUUUUCCACCAGUAACUACUUCAAAAAAGGUAAAAAAUUGGACAACAGAAGUUUUGUCUACCUCAACUGAUCACCAAGCUGAUGUGUCUGCAUGGAGAGACCUGUUUGUGCCUCAGCCAGUGCUGAAGGCCUUGAGUUCCCUGGGUUUUAGUGCUCCAACUCCUAUUCAGGCAUUAACUUUGCCUUCUGCCAUCCGGGAUAACAUGGAUGUUCUUGGUGCUGCAGAAACAGGAAGUGGCAAAACGCUUGCAUUUGCAAUUCCUAUGAUUCACUCUGUACUGGAAUGGCAAAAAUCAAAUAGCUCAGUGAGCAUAAAUGACACUGUUUCUAAAAAGCCUUAUCAGCAUCACGAUGAAAAGAGAUGGGAAAAUGAUGAUGAAGCAGAAAAAGGAAAACAUCAGCAGGUUGAAGACAGUGGAGAUGAAGAUGAUGCAUCUUUUGCAACAGAAUCUGUGAAGGUGGAGGAAAACACUGAAUAUGAUUCUAGCAACAAAGAACAUGCUGUUGGACUCCAUAAAAAGAGACCUCUUCUAGGACUGGUCCUUACUCCUACAAGAGAAUUAGCUGUGCAAGUGAAGCACCACAUUGAUGCAGUUGCAAAGUUUACAGGUAUUAAAACUGCUAUUCUAGUUGGAGGCAUGGCAGCGCAGAAGCAAGAACGUGUACUGAAUCGCAAGCCAGAAAUUGUGAUAGCAACCCCAGGCCGUCUGUGGGAGCUAAUUAAAGAAAGACACCCACAUCUCUCAAAUCUUCGUCAGCUCAGGUGCCUUGUGAUUGAUGAGGCAGACAGAAUGGUUGAAAGAGGUCAUUUCUUGGAGCUUUCUCAGUUGUUAGAAGUCUUAAAUGAUUCACAAUAUAAUCCUAAACGACAGACUUUCGUUUUUUCUGCCACUCUGACAUUAGUCCAUCAGACUCCCAUAAGAAUUUUACAGAAGAAGAAUGCUAAAAAGAUGGACAAGAAGACCAAACUAGAAAUGUUGAUGGAAAAAGUAGGAAUAAAGGGCAAACCCAAAGUGGUAGACUUAACAAGGAAAGAAGCUACUGUUGAGACUCUGAUGGAGACCAGAAUCCAUUGUGACACAAAUGAGAAGGACUAUUACCUAUAUUACUUUCUUCUCCAGUAUCCAGGAAGAACUAUGGUCUUUGCAAACAGCAUAGACUGUAUAAAACGCCUCUGUUCUCUCCUCACAAUCUUAAAUUGUGAUCCUCUUCCUUUGCAUGCCAACAUGCACCAGAAGCAAAGGCUAAAAAACUUAGAACGGUUUGCUGAGCGAGAGAGCUGUGUCCUCCUGACAACAGAUGUUGCAGCUCGUGGCCUUGAUAUUCCUAAUGUGCAGCAUGUCAUCCACUACCAGGUCCCUCGUACUUCUGAAUUGUAUGUACACAGAAGUGGUAGAACAGCUCGAGCUGCCAACGAAGGCCUUACCCUGUUGUUGAUUGGCCCUGAUGACUUGAUCAACUUUAGGAAAAUUUAUAAAACCUUGGCAAAGAGUGAAGAGCUGCCACUUUUCCCAGUUGAAACAAAGUAUAUGACUGCAAUCAAGGAGCGGGUGAAUCUGGCACGGCAGAUCGAGAAGGCAGAAUUUUUCAAUGGUCGUGCAAAGCAACAUGACUCUUGGCUCCAGCAGGCUGCAGAGGCUCUUGAAGUUGAUAUUGAUGAAGACCUUUUUAUGGGGAAAAAAACUAGUGAGCAAGAAGAAAGCCAGAAGCAAAAGAUGCUGAAAGGAAUGAAAAAACAACUGAAAUUCAUGCUGUCCCAGCCACUGUUUAAAGUCCUAAUGAAAACGAAGUACCCAACACAGAUGGGGAAACUACUCCUGCCUCAGACUUCAGCUGGCAAUACAGAAACUGCUCUGAGUAUCAUAUCAAAAAAACAAGCCAAGAGGAAGAAAUCAGUAAAACCAAAUUAGACUGAGCAAGUUCACUAGUUGCAAUAUAAUCAAGAACUAUCCCUAACAAGGCUGACAAGAUAUUUUGCUAGAAGACACACAGUAUCGGGACGGUGCUUUUGUCUUGGUAGUGCAGGCACACAGCAAAACAUUUAUCUAAAAGGCACUGUUAACAUGGAGUUACUCCUGAAUCUUGUCUUUGAUUUUAUUUUCUUAGGCUUUUUUUCCUUACUCUCUAUUUUAUUAUAACUUGAUUAGCUUUGGAAUAGUUCUGUUCAUUGCUUCUCUUUAUAAGACAUGUAAAAGUUACUGGGUAAAACUCACUGUGAACAAAAAGAUUUGAAUUUUAAUUUUCUUUUAAAGGAUGUCAGAACAGUCUGGGCUGCUGACAGCACAGAUUUGGCUUGUACUGCAGUUCAUUGAGAAAGGCAGCAAAUAUAGGUAGCAUUACCGACAAGCCUAUAGUUCCAGUAAUGGGAGUAUUUCCCAGUUUUCUUUCUCUGCUGAUCUAAUUUCUCAAUUCUGUUACACACUAAUUACUUUAGUCCUUUGUUAAUGUGUUUCAGAACAUGGGGGGGAAAAAAGUCAAGGUGGCACUGGUCCAGAACUGAUCUUAGGAGACUUACAAUCCAAGCAAACUUCUCAGGAAUGAUUAUUGCUAUGAAACAUUUUAUUAAUUGGUAUCUGGAGUUGAGUCUGUGUUUGAAAGCAUAUUUGAAUCAUAACCUUUCUUUUAAUGGAAAUGAUGUAAAACAUCACUUUUGAAGAGUGCAUUCUGAUAACUGUACUUGUAAAUCACUUUGCCUGAUCAGGAAAAUAAUUUCUAAGAGUAUUUUUUAAGCUAUGUCAGAAAAAAAAGUAUUUUGAAUUUUUGUUAAAUUGUACCUGCUAUAAAACUCAAAGGCUGUAUCUUUCUUUCAAUUACUUGAGAUUUCUAAGUCUUUCUUAGCUCAUGCCUGUCACAUUUAGCAGACAAGCUGAGAGAAUUCAGGAUAAAACCACCCAAAAGACAAGACACAACAGAAACAUCUGUACUGGUGGGAGCACAGAGAAUCUCCACCUGCCAGCACUAGACUGAGAAAAGCGUUUGUGUCUCAGGUAUGGAACCUCUGUCACUGCCCUGCUAGGAAGCGCACCCGCACCACUCGACUCAACUAAUCAAAGCAAAAUCUGUGCAUGGAAUUGUGUCCCCUCCCACCACUUGCUGAUUCUGGAAAAACAAGGUCUUUGCUCCUUUAUAAAUAAUUGAACACUCCCCUGCUCCUCUAUCUCUCAGAGGACUUUUCUCUCACUUGCUUCCUUGCAUUCUGGAAGAAGAGCAGUGACAAUUUUUAUGAUAAGCAUCCAGAGCUUAUCAAUUCUAUAUGAAGCUUUUCUUGCUUCACUGUUCAUCUGAUGUCCUUUGGGGUGGAAGGGGGAGUUUUUGGUGGAGAGAGAAAGGAAGAAAUUGUGAGAUUCUUUAUUUUCACCCACAUGAAAAGAUGAAACAGCUUUGGAAUCAUUGUGACAUCUGAAAAACUACACAGUUAAGAGAACGUUCCUUGCAUGGAAAGCUGGAAAAAGGAAUUGAGCAAAGCCAAGCACACCUUGUCUCUCCUCUGUCCCACCCUUGUACCAUUAAAAUCACAUUCUCAUGCUAUGGAAAGAAAACUUGGUUGUCUUUUGCAUCCAUGAAGGCCUGAAGACCAGGUGGGCCUUUUCUGUACCUUGUGAUAUAUUUUUUGCUUACAAUUCGUUAGACAAAAUUAAAUCAGAAUCCUGACACCAGA